AUGGAAGCCCUGAGAAGUGAGAAAUGCGGUUCAAAACUAGUCUUUUUAAGUUUUACUGUUCAAUUUUUUCUAGUUUCCUUCAUCACAAUUUUCGAUAUUUUAACAUUUAUUAUCCUGGUUACUUGCCGUCGAAAACUGUUCAAAGCUGAAAGUAAAUACAUUCGAAAACGAGAAAUUAAUUUCGCAAUGCAGGUAAUUGUCCAGGGAGCAGUUAUGAUGUUUGUCGGGUUUUGGUAUGUUUCCGGCUAUUCAAUUUUACCUGGAAGAGAACUAAACUGGAAAAUAUUUUUCUCUACUACUCUAUCCUCUUGUGGUGUUAAUUGUUUAGCUCCCAUAGUAAUUUGUUUUUUCAACGCUGAAUACCGUCGAUGGAUAGUUUCCUUGUAUAAAAAACGAAAAUCUGGACACAGCAUGACAAUGGUCACAAGUAAUGCUUCGAAUAGGUUCUAA